ACUUUUUUUUUAUUGUUUAUGAAUAUCUAAUGAAUAUGGCAUACAUAUAUAUAUCGCGUUUGGCUUAUAAACUGCUGUAAAAUUUCAAUGCUUGUUUCUGCGAUAUCGAUUCAUAGAAGUUUUUCAAAUAUUAUAUUAUCAACUAAUUUACAAGAUUAGUACCACAUAACUCGGACGUCAUCGAAAUUUAAAUAAUCAGAACGAUGUUGUAGAACCAGAUUAUAUCCGUUUGGUCAAUUGACACGUGCUAUGCAUAAAACAUAAAUUGGAAGAAGUAUAUAAAUUAAGUAGACAGAAAUAAGGCGGAAGUAUUUCCUAAAAAGCAAUCAAGUGUUACGUAAACAUAAGUUGACAAAGUGGACAAGACUAAGGCGAAAAUACUUCCUAAAAAUCAAUAGAGUGUUACAGUGUACAAUACUCUUCCAGUUCCAGAAACAUGGAUAUUAAAUGGUUCUCAAAGAUCAUCAUUUGCGUCCUUUAUUGUCAAGGAUCUUGGGCCGAGCUGAAGCUCAUACAAACGAUAUUUAGACAUGGAAACAGGAUGCCAUCGAAUAUCGAGUACUACCCGAACGAUCCUUACGUUAACUACACUUACGAACCAGCAGGACGAGGAGGUUUAACAAACGUUGGUAAACUGUCCUUGUACAAACUUGGCCAAUAUUUUCGUGAAAGAUACGACCAGUUUUUAGGAAGAAUUUACACUUCAAAAGAUAUUUGGUUUCGUGCCGAUGAGGUAGAGAGAGUCGUAAUGAGUGGACAACUAGUAGCAGCUGGAUUAUAUCCUCCGUGUGAAGAACAAAGGUGGGAUUCUAAUUUAAAUUGGCAACCGAUACCUGUAUGGACACCGCUGAAUUCGAACGAUUGCCUGUAUAAUGGGCAAUUUUUAACAAAUUUCUAUACAUGGAGAAAUAACGUGGAGAAAACAGAUGAGACCACAAUGCAAUUUCAAAAACAGAAUAAAGAUGUUUAUAGGUAUUUGUCUGAACAUACAGGUGGUAAUAUCACACAAUCUAGAACGUUCAACUUACGUCAAUUCUUGUACGCACAGAAAGAUAUUGGCUUAAAAUUACCCGAAUGGACAAAAUCUGUUUUUCCACAUGGAAAGCUAGAUGAGUUAGCCGUAAACGAUAUUUACAUUCGGACUCGUACUCCACAAAUGAAGCAAUUAUUAGCUGGAAUGUGGAUUCGCGAAUGGUUAAAUCAUAUUGAUGAUCAUUUAUAUAAGAAUGAUACACGAAAAGCAUUUAUGUAUGCGGCACAUGAUCUAAAUAUUGCUUACAUACUUGCAGCACUAGACAAUUUUGAUAACGAAAUUCCUUACUAUGGUAGUACUCUGAUAUUUGAAUUACAUGAAGAGGAUAACGAAUAUUAUAUUCAGAUGCUUUAUAGAAACAAGGAAAAUAUUAAAUUACUCAAAUUCCCUGAUUGUGAUGACAAAAUGUGUCCAUUGGAUAAGUUCAAAAAAUUUGUAAUGCCUAUAAUACCGACAAAUCUGGAAGAAAUAUGUGGACAGGAAUAAAAAAGUAAAGUAUUAAUAUAAAUAUGAAUAGUAAUAAACCAAUGCUAAAUGGAUUGAUAAAAUGAUUUCUAUAAUAUUCUACUAUUUACUCAUAUAAAUUCAAUAAUAAAUGUCUAAUAUUAAAACAGUGUUUAUUAAAAACAUGUCAUAUGUACUACAAUUGCUUAUUAAAAUCCGAAACUUAGACUA